AUGGCGGGCAGCAAGCCUGCGACGGUCGCCUCGUACGCCGCAGGCGCUUCACUUGCCGCCGCCGCUCUCAUCUACGUCUUUGGCCCGACCUUUGCCCUCGACAACGAAGCCGCGCCAUCCGGUCGGAAAAAGACGAUUGUUGGCCUGCGCAACGGCGCCAACGACUGCUUCAUCAACUCCGUCCUCCAAGUCCUCGCCGGGCUCGACGACCUGCGCAUCUACCUCAUCCGCGAGACACACCGGCGCCGCAUCGAGGAUCCCGCCGUCUACUCCCAUCUCGUGCAGCCGACCGAUAGCGCCGGUCCGCUGCCGGCGUGGAAACUCCACGGGCUGCAGGACGGGCUGGUGACGUACGGGCUGAAGGAUAUGCUGGAUGCGCUUAACGAGCGACCCAUAUACAAAAAGGCCAUUUCGCCCUUUCAGCUCGUCCGCGUGCUCGAGACGGCGUUUAGGCAGCGCAUCAGCCGCCAGCAGCAGGACGCGCAGGAGUUCCUGCAGAUCGUGGCCGAGAGGCUGAAGGACGAGUACCAUGCCGGAAGACGGGCGAGAGACCACGCUAGGACACACGGGAUCACGCCUCCCUACGUCGAGAAUGGCGACAGCAAAGGGGCCGAGACAGAUACGGAGGCAGGGACAGAGACAGAGACAGGAAAUGAGGGUGCUAGGAACAACGGGGCCGAAGCAUCUGAUACAGAAACCUCGACUGCCGAGGCGUCCACAUCCGACCCGACACCCAAAAUCAGUAGGAAGCGCAUGCCCAACGAGAACGAGGAGGCCUUUCCCAUGGAGGGGCGAUACGAGUCACAACUGCAAUGCACGACCUGCCGGUACAAGACCCGUCCCCGCGAGGAGGCCUUUUGCACAUUGACGCUGGCCGUGCCACAGGUCUCUUCGACGUCGCUGACCAGCUGCUUCGACGGGAUCUUCAAGACAGAGUACAUUGAUGACUUCAAGUGCGAGAACUGUCGUCUAGUGCAGGCCAAGGAAAAACUGGAAGCAGAGCUGGCCAAGUCGACAUCCGACACGUUUCGAAAGACAGCCGAGGAGAGCAUUGUGAAGCUGCGCGUGGCCAUUGAGACGAACCCCGAGGAACCCCCCGAGGGCGUCGACCUUGGCGACAUCAAAUACGCGCCCAAGCGCAGGAUUGCCAAGACGACCCGGAUGACCAUCUUCCCGAAGAUCCUGGCCAUCCAUCUGUCCAGAUCCAUCUACGGCGUCGGGCAUGUCACACAAAAGAACUCGGCCAAGGUCUCGUUCCCUGAGAACCUACCGCUGGGUGGUCUGGUGGACCAGCGCAAGUACAAGCUGCUGGGCGUUGUGACACAUCGCGGCGGCCAUAACAGUGGUCACUACGAAGCCUUUCGACGGCAGAACAUUCCCAAGCCGCCAUUUGCCAACCUAAACACCUUCCAGGCGUCUGAGGCCUACAGCAAGACGCCAACCCCUAUUUCCACGCCAGAUCUAAGUGCACGCCACGUCGCUAGCCCCGCUGUCUCGACACCUGAUCUGCUCUCUGCAUCGUCGGGCACAUCAUCCAUCUCGGUGGACUUGCCGCUGCCUCCCCCUCGCAGCGUCCCAGAGGACCACCAGGUCAACGGCAAGAUCAAGGAUAGCGACAGCGGCAGUCUGCGCUCCGUGGCUGCGUCGACAAAGUCAGCCCUCUCGCGGCUGACCUCACCAAAGUCGAAUAGGGGCAGCCGGUCAGGCUCCCCUGGCCCGGCCCCGCCAGUGUCGGCGGCAGGCAAACCAUCCAAGCAGAAGAAGCCCGCGGCCGACAAGUGGUGGCGCGUGAGCGACGAGAAGGUGAAGCAGAGCAAGACUAGCGAAGUCCUCGGCAUGCAGAGGGAGGUGUAUCUGCUCUUCUAUGAGCUGGACAAGGACUUUUGA